GAAACAGGGCGGGGCGCGCUACUCGAGGGCGGCGCUUGGGCGGGGAGGCUGGGCCUCGGCGAGCUGAGGGGAAAUGCGGCGCGGCGAGAGGCCGGCAUGAGGAUUUUCAGGCGAUUAAACAGCUUGCCUGCUAGCCUCCUGAAAGUGAAAUAUUUUGGAACAACUGCCUCAAAUACAUCAUUUCCAGCAGUCUGGACGUUUUGCGGUCAGCCUCUUAAUCGGCUGCCUGGACAUCUUGCAGCCGCUCGUAGAAAUAGUCUGUGCACUAUGCCGGAGGUACCUGAGCAGAAAUUUGACCUUGACCUGCACUCGCCGCAUCCCAGGGUCCGUGGAAUGACCACCCUUGACCGAGCUGCUUUCAAAAGGAAUGUUGUCAUCCCAGCUCUGAAAGUUAACAAAGACCUCCUGAGCAAGCUGGAGAAGCCUCUCAAACGAGUGCUGUUGAAGCGCCCAGGUCUCAAGAGAGUUGUUGAAGACCCAGAAGAUGAAAGCAGAAAGUUUCUUUUGUUAGAUCCUCAUGCCAUAUCCGACAGCUGUUCCCUGGGCGAAUCUGAGCAACAGAUCCUGAAGAGCUUUAACAUCAGCCCUGAGAUUGUCAAGUAUAACCAGGAACUGACAUACGACCAUUUCAAGGUGGACGAAAUUCUGCAAGCAGUGCUUCCUGAAGGUCAGGAAGUGACCACUGCAUUCAGCAGAAUUGGCCACAUCAUUCACUUGAAUCUGAGGGACCAUCAGCUGCCCUACAAACACAUAAUUGGUCAAGUUAUCCUUGACAAGAACCCAGGAAUCACCUGCGCUGUAAAUAAAACCAAUACCAUAGAUAAUGCUUAUCGGAAUUUUCAAAUGGAGGUAUUAGCCGGAGAGGACAAUAUGAUCACAAAGGUUAAGGAGCACCAUAUCAUGUACGAAUUUGAUUUCUCCAAAGUCUACUGGAACCCCCGCCUCUGCACAGAACACAUGCGCAUCGUCGGCCUCCUCAAGCCAGGCGACCUUCUCUUUGAUGUCUUCGCCGGGGUGGGGCCUUUUGCAAUUCCUGCAGCGAAGAAGGGAUGCAUUGUGUUUGCAAACGACCUCAACCCUGACUCGUACAAGUGGCUGCAGCACAACUGUAAGCUAAACAAAGUGGACAGAAAAGUCAAGGUCUUCAACAUGGAUGGCAGGCAGUUCCUGGAGGAGCCGGUGAAGGAAGAACUGACCAGACAGCUUUCUUUGAAGGAGCGGAACAGCUGCCUGCACAUCGUCAUGAACUUGCCAGCCAUGGCAGUUGAAUUCUUGGAUGUCUUCAGGCACCUCUUGGAUGGAGAGCCGGGCAGCACCAGUCUUCCCACCGUUCACUGCUACUGCUUUUCCAAGCACGACAACCCUGUGCAAGAUGUUCAGGAGAGAGUCGAAGCCUGCUUGGGAAUCUCCUUAGAGGGCCUUUGCUCUGUGGAGCUGGUGAGGAACGUAGCGCCCAAUAAGGACAUGAUGUGCAUCAGCUUCAGCCUCCCACCCAAGGUGUUGUACAAGCCGCUGUCUUCUCUGAAAGGUGCAGAUAAUCCCCAGGAACCAGCAUCUAAACGCCUGCGUCCAAACGAAGAGCCCCCUGAAGAAAAAAAUAACCUUAUGGUCUAGGAGACUUCGUGGGUACCAUUCCAGUAAUGAUGUCUAUGCAUAACUUUUAACUCCCAUAUUUCAAGGAAGGCAAGGAGAUUUGUUCAUCAGCACUUGUAAGGACAGCCUCCGAAAAAUGGUAUUAACAGCUGCUGUGCUGAUUAUGCCCUGAUCACCUUUGUUUCUUUUUAAUUCCGUAACAGUUGAAUGGGGUACAUUUUUUUUAAAAAAGAAAGAAUAUUAAAUGUUUAUUUUGCCACACUUGGUAGCAUCUUCUGUUUAGGUUGUGUGCAGUCAAUGAGAAACGGAGGUGAGAGGAUAAAGGAACCAGGUGAAACAGUCUGUGUCUUUGGUAGCCUUGAAACAACACCUGUUCCUGCCCCUGGGCUGCUUCAGGAGGAAAGGCAGGGUCUAAAUUGAAUAAGCAGAUGAACAUGUUUUUAGACUGACCACCUCCUGCGCAGGUUCUCUUAUGUGGUGAAACCCAGGCCAUCACUGUGUUCAUACUAGAUGAGCAGGUGACAAAAAGGUGGCGACAGCAGCAGGUCAAGGGAGCAUCAGGAAUUGGCAGUGGGCUCCCAGCUGGGAUAUAGACUACAGAAAGAGUGCGGCUAAAGCCGACUCCGGAUUCCAGCCCUGCCCAUGUUUGAAUCAUGACAGAAACACAUUCUGGGUCUACUUCUGCAACCCAGACCUACCCAAGCCAACUGGUUCUCUCCGCAACACACACAGUGUGGAAGUGCUGCUGUAAGCCUUUAAAGCCCUCUAAUGACCCAGAACCAGAUUUUUUAAAGGACCACCUUGAACUAUAUGAACCUGCCUGGGUCUUCAGCUUGGCAUCAGAGGACCUGCUCUCUAGCCUGUUGUUAGCAGAUAUUUGAUAGCUGGGUACUAGCAACAGAGCCUGGUUGACAGUGGCACUAUAACGCUGGAAUUUUCUCUGGGAAAUUUAUCCAAAUCUUCCCCUUCCCAUCUUUAGAUAGAUGCUGAAAGUCUCUCUCUCUCCCCACCCCCUUUUUAUUUUUUUUCAGAGAGCACUGUGAAAUUAUUAUUUUUAAAUGUUGAUAUUAAUGCUGCUGUCUUUUAUAUUUUAAAUAUAGUUAUUUUUAUUAGUGAAUUUUAUUUUUGAGCAAGCCACUUUUGAGGUUUUUGUGGGGAGAAAGCAGGCUGUAAAAGUCAUUUAAAUAAAUAAACAAACAAUAUCAUCCCAAAUUAAUAUCAGCAUUCGUUCUGAACACAGUGCUUAUCUACACCCAUCUGCCUUGCCUGAGAAAUGUCCAGAGGCACAUUUAGGUGCUGCCUGCACUGCUGUCCGAAGUAACUCAUUGUCAUCAUUAAAUUUAUUUAUUUCAUUCA